GUGCCCCCUAGCCAAUAUGGGGUUCCGCUAUACCUAAUAAAGCCCAGCCUCUUCUUUAGCAUGCGCCACUAAAUAUUGACCAAUCAUAUGCCAUAAAGGCAGUUGGCACAACUGCCGUCUGAGAGACUCCUGCAGAGUUUGUAUGUAUGCGUAGAGGAUCAUAUCAUGAUAUAGAAAUUAUUCUACGCGUUGACUUCUACAUUUCAUCAAGUUUGAGGACCAAUCCAACCACUCUACUGUCUAGGAGCGCGUCAUAUUACCUUUUGCCAUGUCAACCGCGCCCUUCCUCUCAAACGAGAUAUCUUCUAUACCGCCAGAUGAGAUGUAUUUAUCAUCAUCGCCCUCUAUCUCGUCCACAUCUUCAGAUUCGACUCCCCGACCAAAACGUCCUUCCCCAAGACGAUCCAAAUCCCCUACUAGAUAUCGGCAGAUUCGGCGUGUUGCAGGAAGAAAAAGGCUUCAGCCAUUUGACAAAUUACGCGAAACAUUAUACCUAUGGCGAGAGCAACAGUUCACAUUUAAAAAAUUUCUCCGCGCCUGGUUACUAUCGGAUAACCACCAUGGUGCCUUGGGGAGGGCUACAAGGGUUGGAUUAUUCCGGGAACUCUUAGAAGAGGAGGAAAUCCGUGAGGUUGUUGGCCAUCACCCCUCAAGCCGCCGUAAUUGGCAACCUCUCCUCAAAGAACUUGAUGGCUU